ACCCUUUGAACCCUGCUCUUCACUCUGACCCAGCCUGUAUAAAAGACCUCAGCUCCUGAGACAAUGCACCUUCAGGUCCUACAUUACCCCACAGAGAAGGCACGCCUUGCUCAGUCAGUCUGCAAUCAUGAAGUUCUUCCUCAUCGCUGCCCUUGUUGUUGCUCUGGCCAUUGGCUCUGAGUCUGCCAGCCUGGCCAAGAGAGAGGUGCCCGAGGAGCUGCAGAAGAUGGGCCAGUACUUCCAGGGCCUGGUCGAUGCUCUGAAGACAGUUGAGGGACCUGAGCUGGCCAACAUGGCCAAGACUUACGUCGAGCAGAGCAGAGCCCAGUUCCAGCCCAUGGUGGAGAAGCUCCACGAGCAGCUGAAGCUUUCCAACAUCGACGAGCAGAUCAAGCCACUGGCUGCCUCUCUGCAGGCCCAGAUCUCCCCCUACACCGACCUGGUGCAGACCCAGGUGGAGGACGUGCUCAGGUUCAUGGUUGACCAGACCAAGGCCAUCCUGCCCGCCCAGUAAAAGCUCAGAUAGAGGGAUGUGAGAAACAGGUCUUUGGGGAAAUCACCACCCUUUACCCCCCUUCCCCUUUCAGAUUCCAUCACACAUCACUAAUGUGAAACAAUAAAGGGGUUUAAGGCCA